AUGGCCGCGAUCGCGUCUCUGAACGCGGCGCAGCUCAGCGCGACUCGCUCGCUCGGAGGCGCUCGCGUGAGACGCUCGACGUAUAAUGCCGCGACGGCGCCGAACAAACCGCGAAGGACCGCGCUCAAGGUCGACGCCCUCGGCGCCAGCGGCCGCGGCGGCUGGGGGAUCGCGCGCGAAGAGAGCAACGGUCUCACGCGGCGGCGCUUCUCCGCGCGCACGCGAAGGACGGACGUCGUCGUCCCCUCGUCCACGGGCGACGCCGCGGCGGCGCCGUCCCCGGAAGGUUCUUCCGGCGGUUCUUCCCCCGCGCCGUCGCCGAAGCUCGACCCGCUCGCGACGUUCGUUCGCGGCUGUCGAAGACGAUUAGCCGCGGAUCCGAAUUUUCCCUUCAAAAUCUGCGCGGAGGUCGGCUUGGACGAGGUCAUCACCGCGGUCGUGAACAUCGGAGUGAGGGGCAAUCCGCUCAUGUGGGACAUUGGGGAGAAGUUGCAGGUGAUCUGCCAGAUGCUCACCGCGGGGAUCAACGACGUGAUCUUAGUGUACUGCCUCGCGCCGGUGAAGAUGGAGGAUGGCUCCGCCGGCUCCGUCCCGGCGAAGCAAGACCUCGCGCACAUGUUUCAGGAAGGGGAUUACUCGUUGGGCGAGCGAUUGAUGUGCUGGGUGAACAAAGCGAAGUUCUACGCCUCCGUCGGUGGGAUCUCGUGCAUGAUCUCUACGUAUCUCGCGCUUUUAUGCAGCGGGCAGACGAACUUGAUCUGCAAGGAUUAUCUCCUCCGCGCGCUCGCGACGGGGGCGCUGCACUUUGGCCUGAGCGCGAACACGCGGUACCAGUGCGUGAACGGCAUCGAGCGGGUGCUCUAUAAAAUUUUGCCCCAGAACGUCGCGAGAGGGUCCAGCGUGCUCUUGAGGUUGGGUAACAACUUCUUAGGCGCGCGGCUGUGGAUGGUGAUGGCGUCUGUCACCGGGUGGGCGGCUGCGGGCUAA